AUGCCCGACAUCUACACCAUCCAGCCUCGCUCAAAAGCGAACUCACAAUCUGCGAAAGAUGACUCGACUCUAAAAUGCAUACCAAAUAUUAUCCCAUGCAGAAUACACCACGAUGGGCCAAUUGAUUCCUUGGAUCGGCAUUGGACAGUGAAAGAUGAAAAAGAUAGUACACAAACGACGCAUUUCCGAGGACGUAAACUUCGGGGCCGCCGCGUUGCCCUUCCUGAAGGCUAUCAAGGUGUAGUCGCAACACCCACAGACCGUGUGCUACCUGCGACUCAACGGGCAGACAGUGAUGACGCUGAGGAUGCGGAGACUGAGCCCGAGGAACCAGUGAAGGUUAUGGAGAUGCAGGGAACUUUUGAUGAGUUUGUAGUAUGGGGACAUGAGGUGCUUCCUGCAGCAGAUGACACUUUUGUCAAGGGAGUGGAAGAGUGGCUGCAGUUUGCGGACGCGAUGCAUACAACCCCAACUUCAGCGACGAAUGGAAACAAGGAGUCUGCUGCUGCUUGA